AUGCUGCGCUGCAAGUUCCAGCAGCUGGAGAUUGCCCUUCUGCUGGCCAUGGGCCUGGGUGCACUCCUCUUCCUGUUGCAGGUUGAGCAUAGAGAACUAACUCACCGCAUCCCUCAGGGGGUAAAGCUGGGAUCCCUCCCUGACAUUUCCCCUCCCACAGUCUUCUCCCCGCCUCCGGCUCCCUGCCAUGCCAACACCUCGGUGGUCAAUGCCUCGGGCUUUGCCGAGCUGCCCACCCACAUCAAAAACUUCCUCCUCUACAAGCACUGCCGGAGUUUCCGGCUUCUUCAGGAUGCACUGGGAAAGUGCGGGAGGCCCGGGGCUUCGGAUGAGGUCUUCCUCCUCCUGGCCAUCAAGUCAUCUCCUGCCAACUAUGAGAGGCGGGAGCUGAUCCGGAAGACCUGGGGGCAGGAGCGCACUGUCCACGGGCUGUCCAUCCGCCGCCUCUUCUUGGUGGGCACAGCCUCCAACGCCCUGGAGGCCCGGAAGCUGAACCGGCUGCUGGCCAUGGAGGCGCUCCAACACGGUGACAUCCUGCAGUGGGACUUCCACGACAGCUUCUUCAACCUGACCCUGAAGCAGGUGCUGUUCCUGGAGUGGCAGGCGGCCCACUGCCCAGAGGCCCGCUUCCUCUUUAAUGGCGACGAUGACGUCUUCGCCCACACGGAUAAUAUGGUGGUCUUCCUCCGGGACCUGCUUCCCGACAAGCAUCUCUUCGUGGGCCACCUCAUCAGCCAUGUGGGGCCCAUUCGGCUCAAGUACAGCAAGUACUAUGUGCCCGAGCUGGUGAGCCAGGAGAACUCGUACCCACCCUACUGCGGAGGGGGUGGGAUGCUCAUGUCACACUUCACUGUCCAGGCCAUCCGCCGGGCCUCCCUGAGCAUCGAGUUCUUCCCCAUCGAUGACGUCUACCUGGGCAUGUGCCUGCAGAGGGAGGGGCUGCAGCCUGCCUCCCACAUGGGCAUCCGCACGGGUGGGGUGCAUGUGCCCUCCACCCAGCUUGGUUCUUUUGACCCCUGUUACUACCGGGAGCUGCUUCUGGUGCACCGCUUUGUGCCCUAUGAGAUGCUGCUGAUGUGGCAGGCCCUGCAUGAGCCAGGACUGGUGUGCGGCAAGAGGACCCUGAAGUACCAGAGGGUGUAG